UUGUAUCCUUGGAAUCCAAAUGCAAUUAACUACCGAAAAUUCCUUGGCAAAAAUGUGACCCAAUCAACCAGAAUUCAAGAAAACAAACCACAAAGGGCAAUAACAUUCACAGACUUUGAAAAAAUCGUGGGACAAAACAUCGUAUCCCGUCUUACUUCUGAGACACCCGAUAAAUCAAAUUGUUUUUACAAAGCAUUAAAAGACAUAUACGACCAUUUGAAAGGCAAAGAUAUAGAACAGGAAGACAGUACUAUUUCAAGCGAUUAUUUAGUAAUUGAAAAUGAAUUGAUGGCAAUAAAUGACAUACCGAUCGUAAUUUCAAACUCCAAUAAUAUUGAAGAAUCUCAUACAGACACUAUUGAAACUGAAACUACAGAGAAUACUGAAUUACUUACAACAGACUUAUUUGACGAUUUGGAGACACUAAACCUAAUAGAGUCCUUCAAUUUGUCAGCAGAUAUUCGGAAUAAUAUUGAAAUGAAUAAUAAUUACAAACAGAGCCAACUUAUAGCGAAUUCAGAUUCAGACACUCAAAAUUACUUAAAAAAUGAAAUAUUAAAUGUUCUGGAACCUACCAGUGAUAAUGUCGUUAAAGGCCCUAAUCAAUUGAUGUCACCUAAAUUAACAGCUAUUGCUGAAAUGCAUAAUGUUGACAAACCGAGCGAAAGUAAAGGGACUGUUAAUGUUCUAAACAAAGAGUCAAAUGAAAUAACAAACCCAAAUUUAUUAGUAAUAGAUAACGUUACAGAGACUAUUAAUAAAUCAAAUAUUAAUAACCAAAACCAAAUAGCAGCGACAGAAAAUAACAAAAAAUAUGAUUUUAAUUUUGACAAUGCUAAAUGCGAUAGCGAAAUGACACCUCCUAAAUUAAAAGAAAUUCUCAAUUGGCCCCAGACACCACAACGUAAAGGGAAAAUUAUGACCCACAAUCCCAUUUAUGUCUUGACUAGCCGCAAAUGGCUUGAAAUCGAGGAAAAGAAAAAAAAUGAGAAGAAAACAAAAGAAAAAGAGAAAAAAACAAAAGAAAAAGAGAAAGAAGAACGUAAAAAAGAGAAGAGAAAAGAAAACAGACAGUAA